GCAUUCUCAAUAGGAUUGCUAGUUCAUAGACUUAUUACAUUCGUGACAUUGCACGAAUAAAUUUACCCCGUUCAUUCAUAUUUGCGAAAAGUGUCUAAUCGUUAGCGGUCUCCAGUAAUAAUAACAAGUGGAUCCAUAAUAAAUACUGUCUUGUGGCUGUAAUAAUUAUUCCAAGGCUUGAGGAAGGUCAUUUUUGCUCCCUUCCAUUCCUUGAAUCCCCCCCAUGCAUCUCCCUUUCAUCAAGGCAUUCUCCACAAGAGUCACAGUUUAAUUCGGCAUUCACAUUACUGUAUUAAAGAAACAUGACUGUGGAUAAGGCAAAGUUAAAAGUUUUUUUAAGGAAGCGAAUACCAAUAAUCUCAUGGCUUCCUAAAUACAAUUCAGAAACAGCGAUCGCAGACUUGAUCGCUGGUGUCACGGUCGGUCUGACUGUGAUGCCUCAAGCCCUUGCUUAUGCCGCACUUGCUGGAUUACAGCCACAGUAUGGCUUAUAUUCUUCAUUCAUCGGCUGUUUCGUUUACACAGUAUUCGGAAGUUGCAAGGACAUAACAAUUGGACCUACAGCUUUGAUGUCUCUGAUGACUUAUCAGCAGGUGCAUAACAGAAAUCCUGAUUAUGCCGUUUUGUUAUGCUUCUUAACUGGUUGUGUCAUGUUAGUAAUGACAUUUCUUCGUUUAGGUGUUUUGGUUGAAUUUAUUUCUCAACCCGUUACAGUCGGAUUCACUACUGCGACAUCAGUUAUUAUUGUGGUGUCGCAGGUGAAAGGCCUCCUCGGUCUUUCAUACGAUUCGGGUGAUUUCAUAUCUACGGUGCAAAAGGCUGUGAUGAACAUCCACAAUACGAGAAUAUGGGAUGCUACAAUGGGAUUUGUAUGCAUUGCCAUUCUUCUCUUUUUAAGGAAAAUCAAAGAUUUUGUGGUGGUUGACAACUUGAAAUCGACUAAACGACAAAGAAUAAUCGCAAAGUCCUUUUGGCUUUUGUCCACAUCAAGGAACGCACUUAUUGUUAUUGUCUGUUCCCUUUUGUCUUAUUUUUUGAAAAAUGAGUAUGGGGAAACUCCUUUUAAACUGACAGGUAAUGUCAGGUCUGGCAUCCCGCCCAUCCAGUUUCCUCCUUUUUCGACGACCCUCGGCAACCAGACAGUCGGAUUUACCGAAAUGGUGUCACAGCUGGGCUCUUCGGUGAUACUCGUUCCUGUUAUUGCCGUACUUGGCAAUGUGGCAAUUGCUAAAGCCUUUGCUGGAGGCGAGCCAGUGGACGCGACGCAAGAACUCUUCACCUUAGCCGGUUGUAAUCUUCUGGGUUCAUUUGUAUCUUCGAUGCCGAUCACAGGUUCAUUUUCAAGAUCUGCAGUCAAUCACGCAAGCGGUGUGCGAACCACAAUGGGCGGCGUUUACACAGGAGUCCUUCUCCUGUUGGCACUCGGAGCCCUCACGCCAUACUUUUACUACAUUCCCAAAGCAUCACUCGCAGCCGUCAUUAUCUGCGCUGUCAUAUUCAUGAUCGAAUAUGAGGUUAUUAAACCUAUGUGGAAGGCAAGCCGAAGAGACAUAAUUCCAAUGUUUGCAACAUUUAUUACAUGCUUGUUGAUUGGAGUUGAGCUGGGAAUUUUAAUCGGCGUGGGCAUAAACAUAGCACUGCUUUUAUUCUACUCAGCAAAGCCAAACAUUAAAACAGAGAAAUCCCAGAGUGAAAAUGGCAUAGAGUAUAUGUGUGUAAAACCAAAUUCAAGCAUAUAUUUCCCCGGCGUUGAACACUUCAGGUACACAGUGCUGAAAGCAGGAGCCGCCAAACUGCCUGUAGUUAUUGACUGCUCUCUUGUAGAAAGUACUGAUUUUACAACUGCAAAGGGCAUAUCUUCAUUGCUGAAAGAUUUCAAGUCGAGAUCACAAGCCCUUAUUUUCGUUAAUGUCCAUCCAUCUCUUUUAGCGGUCUUAAAGCCGAUUUGCACACAGUAUUUCGUGUACAUGAGUUCUUCACAUGAGCUCGGUAGUGCUUUAGCAGAGCUGAGGAAGUACGGCAAUCCUGAGGAAUUAACUCAUAUCUCGACUGAGUUGAAAGAGUUGCCGCGCCGGGACCCCGAUGAUAACAAAGACUGCGAGGAACCUCUCCUCGUCACGAGCAAACCUCUGAACAUCGUACCUCACAACCCAGAAGUUUAACUCAUUUGAAAAUAACUAUAUAAUGAAAGACAUUCAACAAUUGUAAAUAUUUGUUUAAAUACGCAUAUUUUUAUUUAUUGAUCAAAUUGAAUUUUUUGUUGUUUACUUUUUGUAAAUUUUGUAUAAUUUUAAAAACAAAACUUUUUUGAUAGUUAGUAGAGUACUAAGAUUUAUUGCUUAUUAGUAGAGCAUAAAAAAGACUAUUAUGUACUUAAUUACUUGAACAUGUUAAAUUACUUCCUUUAAAAAAAAAAAAAAGUACUUAUGUUAACAGUAUGCUAUUUUAAGUACUUAA